GAACGAAUCAGAGCAGCCUCGACGGAGAGACCAGAGCGAUCGAUCAUCCAGCCACAGCCAGCCAGCAGCCUGGGGGAGGGAGGGGAAUGGCGACGGCGGCGCCGUCCCUGUACCGGCGGGCGCUCCCGUCGCCGCCGGCGGUGGACUUCACCUCGGCGGACGGCAAGCGCCUCUUCGCGGAGGCCCUGGCGGCGGGCACCAUGGAGGGCUUCUUCGGCCUCGCCUCCUGCUUCCAGACGCAGUCGGAGCCGGCCUUCUGCGGCCUCGCCUCCCUCGCCGUCGUCCUCAACGCGCUCGCCAUCGACCCGGGCCGCCGGUGCAAGGGGCAGGGGCCGCACUGGCGCUGGUUCGAUGAGUCCAUGCUCGACUGCUGCGAGCCCCUCGAUGCGGUCAAAGCUAACGGCAUCACCUUCGGCAAGGUCGCCUGCCUCGCGCACUGCGCCGGCGCUAAGGUCCAGCCCUUCCGCGCCCACCAGGUCACCGUCGAUGACCUCCGCCGCCACCUCGUCCGCUGCGCUUCCUCGACGGAUUGCCAUCUCAUCGCUUCCUACAAUAGGAGGCAUUUCAAACAGACCGGAACCGGGCAUUUCUCCCCAAUCGGUGGCUACCACGCUGGACAGGAUAUGGCGCUCAUCUUGGAUGUCGCCCGCUUCAAAUACCCACCUCAUUGGGUUCCACUGUCACUUCUUUGGGAAGCCAUGAACACGACUGAUGAAUCAACUGGACUUCUCAGGGGGUUCAUGCUUGUGUCAAGGCAUAGUGCAGAUCCUUCAUCGCUUUACACAGUGAGUUGCAGAGAUGAAAGCUGGAAAAGCAUGGCAAAAUAUUGCGUCGAAGAUUUACCUAAUCUUUUGAAGACCGAGAAUCUUGACAAUGUUCCAACACUUUUGUCCCAUUUGAUUGGUUCUUUUCCAACUAAUGCUGGAUCUUUUAUUAAAUGGGUUGUUGAAGCUAGGAGAAAAGAGGAAUGUGGGCAAUGCUUAAGCAAAGAGGAGGAAGAAAGGCUUUUAGUGAAGGAAAAUGUAUUACAGCAAGUACGUGAUACCAGGCUAUUUAUGAUAAUCCAUGAUCUGCAAUGUGCUAGUAUCCAAUGCUGUAAUUGUUCACCAUCAAAUGAAGAUCCUGUUACAAGGAUUGCAGCCUCUGUGUGGUGUCAAGGAGCAGCAAUGCUUUCAAGGAACCUUGCAUCAAGUGACAGUUUAUGCUGCAGUGGAGCAGCAAUGCUUUCAAGGAACCUUGCAUCAAGUGACAGUUUAUGCUGCAGUGAAACAUGUUUCAAAUGUGUUCCAGCGAAUGGUGAUGGGCCUAAGACUGCUAUCUCAGACUUUGUGGUAUCUGAAGGCAAUGAACCUGGUGUCAGUAUGCUUUUACCAAUGUGUCAUCACAGUAGGAGUCCAUACAAUUCAAGCAUGAGGGAUGAAAUCAUCAAAUAUCCAUCAAGUGGAGAUGUUUUAACUGUUCUGCUGCUGGCUUUGCAUCCUGGCACAUGGUCGAGCAUCAUAGAUGAGAGGCUGAAAGCUGAAUUUCAGACCCUUGUUUCAACAGAUGAUCUACCUGAUGUUCUUAAAAGGGAGAUACUGCAUCUAAGGCGGCAACUCUAUUAUCUAAAGGCUUGUAAAGACGAGGAAUAUGAGGAUCCUGUACCACCAUCCCCUUAGCAGUUACACUUGAUGAGACCAUUUAUUGGAAACUGAGGUCAAGAGAAAAGUUACAAGAGUGUGAUUUCGGGCCAGCACAUGAGCAUAGUUCUUACAGUUGUUAGGCAAAAUUGCAUAUGUACAUCAUGAACAUGGUUGAAAACAUAGUUAUUGAUCACUAUCUUUUUUAUCAGUUGUGCGGUUGCUCCAAGAGAGGUGAUUCUUUCUCAAAUAAUGAUGUAGUUUUUUUAGUGAAACCUGGUCAUGUUAAUUGUUAUUGUGCUAAGCCAUUUUUCUUAUUCUAGCUCUUCACUCAAAAAAUCUAUGAGUGUACUGUAAUAAUAAUUCAUAAAGAUAAAAGUUGAGACAAA